CUGCAGCUGCUGUUGCUUGCUCGCUCGGAGCAUCCAGCUUUUGCGUUUUGUUCCCAGCAGUUCCCGAGCUCGCCGGGCAGCCAGUGCACCAGCCAGCGUUACAGGGGCAAAGGGGGAGGAAUGUGAUGACAACCAAUCAGGGUGGCCCGUUCCCUCGAGACGUCAUAAUCAUAAACAAAGCCCCGAACCUGCAGCAGCGGCAAUAACAAUAACAGACUGUGUCAGCUGCUAGGCAGUCGGCGGUGCGUACGUGGCCGCAGUCAGCAGCAGCGUCGGGAGAGAGCAGGCAGCGAGGGCAGGCUGAAAAUAGAAACGCUCCUGCCUAGAAGAAACCAGAGACAAUGUCGCAGGGCGAGGGGCUCAGCCUACAAGAGGAGAAUUUGCAUGGUUCCUGGGUGGAGCUGCACUUCAGCAGCAAUGGCAAUGGUAACCCUGUCCAGCCAACAAGCCAAGAGCAAGUACCAGACUCUAUUUCUAUUUACAAUGGUGACAUGGAGAAAAUACUCCUAGAUGCCCAGCAUGAAUCCGGGAGAAGCAGUUCAAGAGAAAGCUCACGCUGUGAUAGCCCUCCUCGUUCCCAGACACCUCAAGACAUUAACAGAGCUUCUGAAGUGGAGACUCACAGCAGUGGAGAAAAGAAUAGCUCUCAGUCCGAAGAAGAUUUUCUUGAAAGAAGAAAAGAAACAGAAAGGCUCUUGCAGAAAAAUUCAGACUGGAUAUGGGAUUGGUCCAGUAGGCCUGAGAACAUCCCACCAAAGGAAUUUCUCUUUAAACACCCUAAACGUACUGCAUCUCUCAGCAUGAGAAACACAAGCAUGAUGAAGAAAGGGGGCAUAUUCUCAGCAGAAUUUUUAAAGGUUUUUCUCCCAUCUCUGCUUCUCUCUCAUUUGCUUGCCAUAGGGCUAGGGAUUUAUAUCGGAAGACGUCUGACAACCACAACUACAACCAGCACCUUUUAAAGGGAGAAUAAAAUUUGGUCAGACUCAAAGCAAUGAGAAUAUCCAUCUAGGAGUACAAAUGGUGAAUGGCAGGAACUUCUGAGCUUGUGAUAGCUACAUAUCCUUGCUGUUCUGUAAACGUGUUCCUCCUUUAGUAGUAGAUGGGGGACAAGAAAUACUGAAGCCAAGCUAUCAUAAAUAAUUUUUUAGAUCAAUUUAUAAAGCAUGUUUCAGAUUGAUUAAUAUCUGCUGUAAUGCUUGGUAGCAUUAAAACCCCCUCAGUGUUAAAAAAUAAACUCUUCACUUUCACAUAUUGGUUGUGAUGCAGCUAGGAAUUCAUUUAAACCAUUAGUUCUUUAUAUUUCUGAAAAAGUGAGUAUUGUCAUUAUUGAAGUGUGGCCUUAUAUAUAUGCUUUUAGAGAAUCUUGUGACUUAUUUGAGGUGACUCAUCAUUUUCUUAAGAUUUUGAUUAGCAAUUUUGCAUAGGGGAGACACGAAAUGUUAAGACACGUUUUAGAUGCUCAGCUGGUACAUAAGAGUGUAGCUUCAGUGGAACUGUGCUGACUUAUAGCAGCUCAGAAUUUGGCCUACAAGAGCCUCAAUUAAAAUUUUGACCUCAGUGCCUAAUGAAUGAUUUCCUUUUGCAGUGCUCUUUGUUUGUCGCUUAAUUAAACUUCCUCUUGUUCUUGCAAAAUAUCGCUUUAAAACUAAGUGUUUUUUGAUUUGACAAUAAAAAAAAAGUACAUUUCCAUUCUAAAUUGGCCUAUUUAUUUCCAUUAUAAAUCUGAAGGAACAGCAUAACUUGCUAUGUAUACUAAUGGAACUCAUUUUGAUUCAAGAAUUUUAUCUUACUGUAAUAAGGAAAAAGGAGGAUUUUAUUUUUUGCCAAAUUCAUCGGAGGCCUUAUGUAUUUUUUAAUAAAACUUGUGCAUUCACAGUUGUUUCCCCUUUUUAAAAAAAUGUUUAAAACCAAUUUCUGAAAGCUGUUUAAAAGGUAAGGGCUCUCUUUUGGAACGUUUCACUGUUUUUUUCAUACCUAAUUCAUCUGUCUUACCACAAAUAGCAAAGAAAGGUUUACUUAAAAUGAUUUCAUGAUUCAUCCUUAGAUAUGAAUAACUCUGAACUAUUAACUGAUUAAAAUAAAUUCUCAAGUAGAAACAACUGAAAAGCACAGUCUUUCAUUUUACAUACAUGAUAUCUGCACAUACAGAUUUGACUUUGUUUUGUGAUAACAUCGUUUAAAAAUAAAUUUGCUUUGAGCAUUGAUUUUCUCCUUAUCAUUUGGCAAACAGACUUCUAUCUUUUAUUCUUGGAAUGGAACAGAACUUAACAUGGCUGUUUACAGCAGCUCCAUGACUGUACACAGUGGGCACCUGUGAAACCUCACUAUGUUUAUGCCCCAUCACCAACAAUGUCAUCACAAUUAUGGGGAUAGUUUGCUGUAACAAAGGCAGGAAGUGGCACUCAUCACCUAGCCCCUGAUCUUGCAGACAGUUACACGUGUUUAUCUUUACACAUGAGUAGUCCUUCAGGGAUCAGUGAGAUUCUACAUGUGUAUGAAGUUAAGUACGUGCAGGAUCAAGACCUGUUUUGUACUGUAUUUUUUACAUUUUUCAACUGUGGAUUUCUAGGAUUUCAUUACUUUUGGAAUAAUCUUUCCCAUCAAACUGUAAGCAUUUGAAAAUAGAUUCCGUUUGAAGCCAUGAUUUUACUCUAUAUAGCCCCAGAUGAGUUUUGUGUUGGCUGAUGCCUGCACCCAUGCAGAGUUCAUUCCAUGAUUGGGAGCCAGAGUCAUGAGGAGUAAUAACUGAUGUUUUUUAUUCAACAGCUUUCCCCCAGGCAAAUUAUAGACCGUUAUUUCGACAUUUGAGUGGCUAUCAGAUCAAGUGUACAAGAAAAACAUUCAUUUUAGUGUAAAACACCAAUUAUUUUUUGUAAUUUUUAAAAACGGAAGUGAGCACCAGUAGAGUUUGGUUUAAUUUUUAGUAGUAAAUAUCAAAUACAUUUAUAUUCUUCAAAUGGCAGGGUUGGCUUUUUCCCCCCUAUAAUCAGUGUGUGCACGUGUGUGUCACAUUUUUAUGUAACAAGCUUGUAGAACUGCCCUUUUUCAAUUGUGUUAGAUUGAUAUUUCUUGUUAAAAAUGUAGUGCAUUGGAAGUUCCUUGUUUUUAAAUAUAUUCUGGUAUAAUUAGAGCAAUAUUUUUAAGAAGUUUAACAGAAGCUGUGAAAUGCAUUUUAGAGGGACUUCCUGGUACCAUUGAAGUAAUACUCAAUUAAACAUUACCAUAGUAGAUUGUGACAUAUCACUUGUAAGAAAAAUACUAACCAUUAAUAAAAGGAAGGAAAUA